AUGGGCGCCACACAGCACCAUCCGUCCUUUGUGACGCCUUUUGCAGAGCGCGCAGAAACCGCUGCACACCCGCUGACUGCCUAUCUCUACCGCUUGAUGGUCGCCAAGUCUUCGAAUCUGUGUCUCAGCGCCGACGUGUCGACGGCCCGCGAACUGCUGCUCCUCGCCGACCGCGUCGGCCCCUCCAUCGUCGUCCUCAAAACCCACUACGACCUUGUCACCGGAUGGGACUACAACCCGCAGACGGGCACUGGUGCCCAGCUGGCGGCCCUGGCCCGCAAGCACGGCUUCCUCCUGUUUGAGGACCGCAAGUUUGCCGACAUUGGCAAGACCGUGCAGCAGCAGUACACCGCCGGUACGGCCCGCAUCAUUGAGUGGGCCCACCUGGUGACGGUCAACAUGGACGCAGGUCUGCCCGCCGUGACUGCCCUCGCUGAUGCGGCUGCCCACUGGCGCGAGCGUGUCCACUACGAGGUCAAGACGUCGGUCACCGUCGGCACGCCUGUCCUCGAUAGCUUUGACGACAGCGGCAGUGGCACCGCCAGCGGCGUUGCCACCCCGAACACGCAGCACGUGUCCGAGUUUCCUUCGCAGUCGGGCGCCGCGCCGACGUCCUCGUUGACGACUUCGAUCCCCUCGAACCUCUUUUCCUCCGCCCCACGCGCGAAUGCUGAUUCCGGCGGUCUCCCCACCCCCUCGCGCGACACCGACGGCCGGAAAGGAAGCAUAGUGUCCGUCACGACCGUGACCCAGAGUUUCGAGCCUGUCGACUCGCCCCGGCUACCGCGCGACGGCACGGACGGCCGUGUGCACAGCGCGUCUGGCGGCACCUACCACCAGGACGGCACCAACAUGGCCGACAGCACGAGCGGCAGCGGCCGGUCGGGCGCCGCGGCCGGCAGCAGCUACAUCCAGGACGGCGCUGGCGCCGUCUAUCCGGGCAUCGAGGAGGCGCCCCUCGACCGCGGCAUCCUGCUGUUGGCCCAGAUGUCCACCAAGGGCAACCUCAUGACGCCCGCGUACACGCAGGCUUGCGUUGACGCCGCCCGCGCGCACAAGACGUUUGUCGCUGGUUUUAUUGCCCAGGAGACGCUCAACACGGCGCCCGACGACACUUUCGUGCAUCUGACGCCCGGCUGCAAGCUGCCGCCGCCCGGCGAGGAGUUUGAGGAGAAGACCGAUGCGAAUGGCCGCGUGCUGCCUGGCGACGGCAUGGGCCAGCAGUACAAUACGCCGGCACGGCUGAUUGGCGUCUGCGGUGCCGACAUUGUCAUUGUCGGCCGCGGCAUCAUCACGGCGGUGGACCCGCCGUCCGAGGCGGAGCGGUACAGGCGGAAAGCAUGGAAGGCGUACCUGGCCCGUGUGCAGCAAUGA